CUUUCACCACACCAAACUUUCUCUCUCUCUCCUCUCAUUUUUAUUUGUGUGGACAUUACUUUGCGUAAGAGUCUUGCUUCCAUCAAGCUCUCAAGAAUUUGUGAUCCUUGAAAAUCAAAUUCUCUCAAAUCAAUUUUUACAAAAUCAAUUUUGUACACAAUAUCCUAUCUUUUUGCCAUCUGGGUAUAUACUAUACCAAUUAUUUUGCUCAAAUUUGAGAUUCUUUUACAUAAAUUUCUCAUCUUUUUUUCCUGGGUUUUUUUUAAAAACUAUUUUUGUGUAGUAUUUAAGGCAUUUAAGUAACCUUGUAUUUUUUUUGGUCAGGGUGAAAAUUUGUCUAGUUUGAGUAAAAGUUAGUUAAAGUGGUAGUUGAAAGUCUUUGUAUUCCUUAAAAAUUUAAUAUCUAAAGUCCAAAAUUCUCAACUGUUUACUUGUAAUUUUUUUAUAAAAUUGGCGGCUUAAUUUCUCCUUUUUAUUCAAACCCUUUGGGUUAUUUUGUAACAAGUCUUUGGUCUUUCUUUCUUCUAUCUCAUUUCCUCUUCUUCUGUGGAAAUCUCCUCAUAUCUUCUCUUAUUAUUCAUAGUCUUUAUUUUGGGCUGAUUAAAUACAGAAGUACAAAGAAGAUAAAGUACCAAAGAAAAAAGUCUAUAUAUACUAUAAACUUUGCAUGGUUUUAUCUCUCUCGUUUGUUAAGAAAGAAAUGACUAAUUUUGAGGCAACUCCUUUGGAUUCAAGAGCUGGGUCAUUUGAAGAAAUCAAGGAUAAAAAUGGAAAUACUCAAGUCCUUCUUCGUAAUCAUCGAGGCGCUACUGUUCGGAUAAGCUUGUAUGGGGGACAAGUUCUUUCAUGGAAGAAUGAACAAGGAGAUGAAUUAUUGUUCAUGAGCAGCAAGGCCAUGUUUAAGCCACCAAAGGCAGUCCGAGGAGGAAUUCCCAUAUGUUUUCCUCAGUUUGGAAGUCGCGGCACCUUAGAAACUCAUGGAUUUGCAAGGAAUAGAAUGUGGUUGAUUGACAAUCAGCCUUCUUCACCUCGUACUAAUGGAUCAAAAGGUCAUGCCUCAGUCAAUCUGUUGUUAAGUACUGAAGAAGAUCCUAAAUCAUGGCCUUACAAAUUUGAAAUUCGUCUGAGAGUUACACUAACAGAAGAAGGCAAUCUCAUUCUGAGAUCGCGUGUUAGGAAUGCUAAUGGCAAGCCCUUCAGUUUCUCUUUUGCAUUUCGCACAUACUUUGCAAUCUCAGAUAUCAGUGAAGUUCGACUAGAGGGGCUGGAAACUCUGGAUUAUCUCGACUGUUUGCAGGACAGACAGCGCUUUACAGAACAAGGAGAUGCCUUAACAUUUGAAUCCGAGGUUGAUCGAAUUUACGUUAGCUCGUCAGAUGUAGUCGAACUCUUUGAUCAUGGAAGCAAAAGAACAUUUCAGAUAAGAAAGCAAGGACUUCCUGAUGUUGCGGUGUGGAAUCCAUGGGAGAAAAAGGCAAAGGCAUUAACAGAUCUUGCAGAUGAUGAAUACAAAGGAAUGUUAUGUGUUGAUGGUGCAGCAAUUGAAAAACCAAUAAACCUUAAGCCUAAUGAAGAAUGGAUGGGACAGUUGGAGUUAUCAGUACUCUCUUCAUGUUAAUUAAGGAGGAAAAAAACCAACUUUAGAUGAUCAAAUUUAGAAAAUAAUCAUGAAUAUUGCUCAUAUUUUCGUGGCAAUAUUCAGCUUCUAUACUACUACUUCCUUCGUUUCAUAAUAAGUGAAACAUUUCUCUCUUUUAUGUGAGAGCUUUUUUAGAAAAGUGUUUCACUUAUAUAUUAUGAAACGGAGGAAAUAUAUAAUUACUGAUCACUGCUAAGUAUUAUCUGCAGGUCCAGCUACCAUUAGAAGAGUUGUUAUUUGUCCUUUUUUUUUUAAGGGGGGAGGGAUAUUAUUAAUUUUUUGAAUUAAGUUUUUUGUUUCUUGGGUUAGGUGGGUACAAAUUAAUUUAUUUGCAACUUGCAAGUGUAUUAUAUCAAUUAUGCUCUUUGUCCCCAAAAUUAUUUACUGCAUGGGUCAAUGAGAUUGUAAACAUAUACUACUACUGAGUAGUAAAUAACUAAAUAUGUAUUUGUACUGACCAAAAUACUCCUUUCUUUGCAA